GAGUGGAAGCGGUCCUACUCUACUUGUGCCCACCCCUCUCUCCCCCAGCCAGUGCCUGAAUAUUCAUGACUGUGGCUCGGAACGUCAGGACGCAGCGGCGGCUCUUCCUCCUCUCUGACAGGGAGAGGAAGAGGAGCGGAGAGACAACAUGCCAAAACCCAUYGGCACCGUUCGGCUGCGUCUGACAACAAAUCUGCCCUCAACUCCUUUAAAGCUGCAGCAUCGACCAGAGGGAGGCAGCGAUUAACCUACAGGAGGAGGAGGAGGAGGAGGAGAGAAAGACGGAAAGAAAGGACGAAAAACAAGACAAGAGAGAGGGGAGAGAUAGAGAGAGAGAGGUGGGAGAGCGAAACGCCGCCUCUUUCUCUCCUCCUCAUAUUUAGCAGACGCUCCUUCAGGUUCGGAUGUGCAGAGCGGGACUAUCUGAGUGAGCACAGAACGAAGAAGUGUCAGGAGAUAAAAGCGGUGACAGUGGAGGGAAAAUGUUUUGACGCGAGCAGCUCGAGCAGAGCUGAGGAUGGAGGCGACGCAUCCGUGUGAAGCAGCUGCUGCGGGCAUGAUUUAUAGUGAGGAUGCUGCCUUCCUCUGUCGUCCUUUCUCAUUUGUAAAGUCCUGCUGAAGCUACGGAGCUGUUUAUCUCCCACCCAGAAGACCCGUUCCCUGCCCUGAACUCCUCCCUCCCCACCACACGCACCUGCCCGGGCGGCGGACUGCGAUGCUCCGCCGUGGAGGGAGCGCAGCCUCCUGAGCUGUCCGCGGUGCUGAAACGAGAGCAGCCGGACCCAGACCCCUCAGCUCACAGAAACACAGAGUGAGACAGGGGGGAGGGUGGGGGCGGACCGGGAGUGGGCGACAGAGCCGCGCAUGGACAGCUGCUGGGCUUGACUCAAGCCAGCCGCGCCGUCUCCUCUUCGUUCAUGGCUGUGGCACGCAAAAUCAAAACUUUGCUGACCGUCAACAUCCUGGUGUUCGUGGGGAUCAUCCUGUUCUCGGUGUACUGCAGGAUCCAGGACCGGUCCGAGGAGCUCAUCCAGAUCGGCCGCGUUUCCGAGCAGAGGCUGCGAGCCAGGAAUGGAAAAGUUUCCAACCUGGUGGACAGGCAGUCCAUUCUUCAGCGGCUGGAGAGGCUGGAGGAUGUGGUGUACAACCAGCUGAACGGUUUAGCGAAGCCCAUGGGGCUGGUGGAGGGACCCGGAGGCCUUGGUCAGGGGGGAGCUGCUGCCACCCUGGGAGAAGACAGUCACGAUGCUGAGGGGAAGUACGAGGAGUACGGCUACAAYGCUCAGCUCAGUGAUCGCAUCUCUCUCGACAGGAGCAUCCCUGACUACAGGCCCAAGAAGUGUAAGCAGCUGACAUACCCGGACGACCUUCCUCAGAUUUCGGUGGUCUUCAUCUUUGUGAACGAGGCUCUGUCGGUGAUCCUGCGCUCCGUUCAYAGUGUGGUCAACCACACACCGGCACACCUGCUCAAAGAAAUCAUCCUUGUAGAUGACAACAGUGACAGCGUGGAGCUGAAAUUCAACUUGGACCAGUAUGUGAACAAACGCUACCCGGGCCUGGUGAAGAUCGUGAGGAACAACAAGCGGGAGGGUUUGAUCCGAGCCAGAAUCCACGGCUGGAACGCAGCCACGGCACCUGUUGUCGGCUUCUUUGAUGCUCAUGUUGAGUUCAACACUGGCUGGUCUGAACCUAUUCUGACCCGGAUGAAAGAGGAUCACACCCGCAUCAUCCUUCCAGCCAUAGACAACAUCAAAUACAACACCUUUGAGGUGCAGCAGUACGCCAACGCUGCCCACGGCUACAACUGGGGCCUGUGGUGUAUGUACAUCAUCCCCCCGCAGGAGUGGCUGGAUAAGGGCGACGAGACAGCCCCGAUCAGAACUCCAGCUAUGAUUGGCUGCUCCUUUGUGGUUGAUCGGGAGUAUUUUGGUGAGAUCGGCCUGCUGGAUCCAGGCAUGGAGGUCUACGGAGGUGAAAACAUCGAGCUGGGAAUGAGGGUGUGGCAGUGUGGAGGGAGCAUGGAGGUCCUGCCAUGUGCCAGAGUGGCCCACAUCGAGCGCACCAAGAAGCCCUACAACAACGACAUUGACUAUUACGCCAAACGCAAUGCACUGAGAGCCGCUGAAGUGUGGAUGGAUGAAUACAAAUCCCACGUCUACAUGGCCUGGAACAUUCCCAUGAACAACCCAGGCGUUGACUUUGGAGAUGUGUCGGAUCGUUUGGCCUUGAGGAAAAGGAUGCAGUGUCGGAGUUUUCGCUGGUACCUGGAGCACGUUUACCCAGAGAUGCGGAUCUACAACAACACCAUCACAUACGGCGAGGUGAGGAAUAGUAAAGCUAGUGGAUACUGCCUCGAUCAAGGAUCUGAGGACGAUGACAAAGCCAUCCUCUACCCCUGCCAUGGAAUGUCAUCUCAGCUUGCCCGCUACUCUUCAGAAGGCCUUCUCCAGCUUGGACCACUGGGGUCGACGACUUUCCUGCCCGACACAAAAUGUCUCAUCGAUGACGGCAGAGGACGUACUCCAAGUCUGAAAAAGUGUGAGGUCGUCUCGAGGGUUUCUCAAAGGCUUUGGGACUUCACACAGAACGGUCCAAUUAUUAACAGAGACACUGGUCGGUGUUUGGAAGUCGAAAUGUCUAAAGAUGCCAAUUUUGGCUUACGUCUUGUGGUCCAGAGAUGCUCCGGCCAGAAGUGGAUCAUUCGAAACUGGAUUAAACAUCCUAGGCACUGAUUUAAAAAAGAAAGACUUGUGAACAAUUUGGGCAGCGUUUACAGUCGAAGUUGGCUUUUGAAUGUGGACAGCUCAGGGACGAGCAGGAGCUGUGUGGUUUUUCACAUGACUGACUCCACAAUACACUGAUCUUUCCUCAGCUCACRGAGCUUCUCUUACACUGAGUCUUAAAGAUGAAUAGCAUAAACUGAGCUUAGUGUUCAAACCAGACAUUAAGACCAGCUGUGGUGUUUGAAACAGCCCACUUUUCUGACMUUCAGCCAUAUGUAUAGAACACAUCACCUCUGCGCAGUCUCCCAACACUGCUUCUGUAUCCUACGGGAGGGUUUCUACUGUAAAAGUCUCAAAUCAUUGGGGGGG